AUGGUAAUUGCAAAUGAGAUGUGCAGUUAUGGAGAGAAUAUGGAAGACAUAAAGAUCGUGGAGAAGAUACUACGUUCACUCACUGAGAAGUGGAACUAUGUAGUGUGCUCUAUAGAAGAAUCAAAAGAUACCUCAAACCUUUCUGUAGAUGCUCUCCAGAGCUCAUUGCUUGUCCAUGAACAGAAGUUUAAGAAGGAAAAGGAUGUCGACAGUGAUGAGCAAGCACUUCAGGCAACUUAUGAAGAUAAGUUAAGUGGACGAGGACGAGGCAGACAUGCAUUCAGAGGAAGGGGUCAUGGUCGAAGUAGAGGAAGUCACUACAUGGAGCAUAUCAAAUGUUAUAAGUGUCACAAGCGCGGACACUUUCAAUCUGAGUGUCCUGAGUGGAAACUCGAAACUCAUUAUGCUGAAGAAGAGGAAGAGUUGUUGUUGAUUGCUACAACAGAAGCACCAGGGAAGAGCUUCGCGUCACCUGUUAUACACUCAAAAUAUAAGCAAGCCGCAACAAGCAGAAGCAGCAUUCCAACCAAGGAGCAUAUGGCGUUCAUGUCAUUUAAUCAGACAAACAGAAAGGAGGAUACUUGGUUCUUAGACUCGGGAUGUUCCAACCACAUGUCUGGAGAUAGCAAAUGGUUCUCAAAGUUGGACACUAUGUUCAACACCUCAGUCAAGCUUGGAAAUGAUACACGAAUGAAGGUUACAGGCAAAGGUAACAUUCAUGUUAGGUUAAAUGGUAAAUCUCAUAUAAUCUGUGACGUAUACUAUAUUCCUGAGCUAGGAAAUAAUCUUCUUAGUCUUGGAUAA